UGUUCAUAAGUUCACUGAUGCAAAGCUGGAGUCUCCCUACAGCUACACAUCACAUCAUCAACUCAUGUUCUCUCUCUUACUCCUUCACUUCACUUUCAAUUUCUGUUCCUUUCAUCAUCUUCCUUCCAACUUCUAAAACCAAUUAAAACACUCUUGUUUCAAACUCCAUUGUUCCUCUUCUCUCUCUCACAAUGGAAACAGAGAAAGCCAACUCCAUUCAAACCUACAAUCUCCUCUCCGCCAUCCCCAAAACCUUCCGCAUUCUGGAAAUCAUCGUCGCCGUUAUGCUCCUCUCCUGGACCCUCACGCGCCUCCCCUCCGCCCUCACCGUCUCCGCCGGUUUCCUCAGCUGCCUCGCCGCUAGCCCUCUCUUCAUCUUCGCCGUCUCCAACGCCAUCAUCGCCGCUUUAAUCGCCCAAUCCGGCCGCUUCUCCGCCCAAACCGCCGCAGAUGACGCCGCCGCCGGACUCCACCGCGAGUUCCUCAACAGCCGCAACUCCGUCCCUGAUCCUCCCUCUCCCGCCGACGCUCCGGAGUGCCAGGACAAGGAGGUCAUCAUCUCCGAGACGGUACCGGAUACAAACGCCGGAGUGGGUUCCGAUGUUGUUAGUUACCGGCGGAGCGAAUCCAAGGAGGAGGUUAUCACCGAGACGGUUCAGGAUAGUGCGGUUGCGGACGCCGGAGUUGGUUCUGAUGUGGUGAGUUACCGGCGGAGCCAGUCGGAGAAGUGGAAAAGAGCGGCGCGACGGAAAGAGCUCCGGCGAUCGGAGACGGAGAAGCAGCGAGAAAACGGCGGCGAUGAAAUCUUGUACCCGCAGGAUGAGCUGAGCAAUGAGGAGUUCCAGCGCACCAUAGAUGCGUUCAUCGCCAAGCAAAUGAGGUUUCUGAGGGAAGAGUCUUCCGCCAUUGUUGUUCAGAAACCAUGUUAGAUUUAGAAACUAAGAAAAAAUAUUGACCAAAAAUUGCGCUCAAAAAUCAAAAUCCAAAUGAAAUUAAUGUUCAUAUUCCCCCCUAUGCUAUAUAAAAUUGACAAAUAUUCUCUAUAA